AUGUCUUCUAAUCGUCGAGCGUCAGUUCCAGCAAUCGGUCUUCGUCGAAGUCCGCGAAGAAGAACGAAAACUCCUUCACUGAAUGAACUUUCAAAGAAGUACAGUAAGUAACACAAAUUUACAUCCUUUAUACAUCGUUUUCGUUUUUGUUACGGGCUCCUAACUAGCGGAGCUUCUCGAAGACGUCUUUGUCGUGGAGGUUUUUGUUUCAUCUUUUCGUUUUCACGCCGCUGUGUGAAUCGUCAUGGCAGCUGUGAUAUUGUUUUCAACAAAAACUACGGGAUGUUGGCUUAUUUUACCGUUGAAUUUUUAAAUUGCCAUUAAAUUUUGUCAUGUUCGUCCACAUUUUCAAAGAUCGGAGUAAAAUUUAGUUAAGUUUUAAUCCUUUGAGUCCGAUCGCGUCUUGGUGUCCUCUGACUGCGUCGGUUACAUGCUUUCACUUAGAAGACAAUCAUCAAACGUCAAGAUAUCACCGCUGUUCUUGUUAAAACUAUUCCGGUUAAAAAUCUUUGGCGUCGUGACGAGAAAAUCACAUUAUGUGAUCGCUAGGUAGUGUUUUGAUUUUAUUGGACGACAGGUUAAUUGAAGCUGGAAGUUAGUGUAUAAAACAGACCAGCUGUUAUAUUUUUGAUUCACGUGCUUCAUUUUCCUGAUGAAUUAUACAUCCUCCUCAGGUUGCUCUUAAGUAUGCUUUCAUUUUAGUUCCUUCUAGAAAGCAUUGUCGAUCACUUCCAUAUUGAUUAUUUUCUAUAAUCCCUACUGUAAUAUAAUUGUUUACAAGAAAGAAAGCUGCACUUGAUUUUUUUUAUGCCUUAAGCCUUCCCCACAGAAUGUUUUGUUUUCCAUCACCCUCCCUCUCUUGAAUAUGGGUUACUAGGUCCAACAAAAAAGGGAGGGAGAGGGGGAAGAAUGGAAAGAUUUUAAUCAAGGAAGCCUUGGUUUGUGAAAAGUAAAAACAGCUGGUUACAGGUGUGUUAUUUUGCCAAUCAUAUUUCCAACCAAAACCCCCAAGAAUUCAUAUCCAGGCAAGAGAAAGUAUAAGUGAAUUCUGUGUGAGAAAAAAAGGGUCAUCUGAAAAAUGAACAUUUACAAAACAUCUCUUAGUGAUGGCCCAAAUGGUUUAUUCCCAAGAGUUGCUCCUGACUAAUAUUAACACAUUUACUCCCAAAUUUUAUUAGUAAUUCUCCAUACUGUCUGCCAUACAAUUAUUAUGAUGUUACUUUGGAGAAUUUGGUAUUGGAUCAACUAAUAAUCCCCUAAUUGAUUUUUUUCUUAAUUCUCAUCUCUUGUCUGCUUGAUAUCAUAUUGGUUUUUUUAGGAGAAAUUCUGUCUUGAUCACUCAUGAGAGUUUGAGGGUUGAGGGUUAGGUGACAAGUACCAUAGUCCACCAACCUAAAAAUCAAACUUGUCAUGGCUGAUUUUGAGUGUAUGCAUUUUGUUUUCUUUUAGUUCAAAUAUGUUCAUGUUUGAUUGAAAUGGUAUUUUCCCUGUCUAGAAAUAAGUCCCAGAGGUAAAAGAAGACUUGAAUUUCAACACGAGAAACACCAAGAACCAUUAAAAGACUGUACAUUCUACUUGGAUCUUGAAAACUAUCGCAAAACAGGCAGCUUAAAAGCUCGCAUAAAAGAGCUUGGAGGGGUAAGAGAAGAUUUUGAAUUCAACAACUUGUAAAAUCCCAGUUAGAGCAACAGCAUUAUAAAUGUGUAAGACAAACAACCAAUCCCUUAUUUUGCUUUCAUAAACAAAAUUUUUACUAAAUCACGUCUAGUUUUAUCUGUAACAGCAUUUAUAUACAUGUAUCAAGGACAUGAAUCUUCAUGUAGGGUGCUGCUGAAAGUGUGUCUGAACUAAAUAUCACAAUAAAAUUUUAGGGUGCAGCUUGUUACUACAGUAUAGAAGUGAGCCUUAUCACAUUUUUACUGAAAAUUGCGUGAAUAGUUGUGAGGCAAGGGGUUGUUAGUACCCUGAUGGUGCCAAGAUGCCUCUCUCUUAAAGACGACUUGAGCCUGCCUUCAUUAUUUGCCAGUCUUUCAUGGUUCUUUUUGAAGAAAACUUCAAUGAAUAGGCUUAAGUUUCAGGCGGCAAACAAAGGUAAUACCAGCAAUGCUUUUGUUAAAUAAGCUAAUGAUUGUUUUCAAUGAAUUUAAAAGGCUGUAGAAGAAUUUUUGAGCAAAGACAUUAGCUGUGUUGUCACCAACAAGAAAGAUGCUGACAGCCGUUGCUCUCCAAGAAGCAACUCAACACCAAGCCCUAGUUUAUCAAUUCCAAGUCCUUUUCCAGGAAACACAAAAAGGUAAAAAAGAAAUGAUACACAUUACUAGUGAAGGCUAAAUAUCCUUCACCCUUAACACCCUAACAUCAGUAUGCAUAUUCUCCAUACUGUUCUCUAUACUAUUUGUAAAGGUGCUGACAACAAGAAUUUGUUUAAUAAUCAAAAGCUUCUUUAGUUGGUGACCAUUUCCUAUGUUCUCAUGACCUUAAUGAGUGAUUCAAGGGUGAAAGUGUUAGGAGAAAUUAGAUGCUAGUCACUGUUAUGGCUCAAAGUGUUAACUUAAGGGUUUUACUCAUUUUGUUUUCACUCAAAAGAAGCUGAUCUUCAAUGUGUGGUUGUCAAUCAGAUAGGGAGAAACUACUACAUUCUCCAUCUGAGUUUUCUAGAUUGACCCAAAGGCCAGGACAAAUUCCACAAAUAGCCUAUUUUUGAUACAGUCAGGCCAAGUUACUGAAUGUUAUCAAUUACAAACAAAUCUCCAACAAAUGACAGUUUUUCAAGCUUGAGUCCAUUAAUGAAUCUUCCAUGAAAUGAAUAAAUCCAUGGUUCAGGAUUUUUAAGUGAAGCUUUCUUUAAAGUAUAUUUAAAAAGUGAGUAAGUAAUGAAUGCCUUUUCCCUUCAUGAUUGCUGUAGCUCAUCAGCAAAAGGUUCUGCCGUUCCAUCUCCAUUAAGUGCAGACUCAUGUGGUACUGAACAAAGUGGUCAGACUUCUGCCAAACAUAAUAUGAGGGGCAAGGCACUUGCAGCACAUGCAGCCAUAACCUAUACGUGUGGAACAAGCAAUGUCAUCGCUAAUGCAAGGAACUGGGGUCUUCAAAUCGUUUCACUAGAAAAGAUGUUAGAGAAAUUGGAGCGAUAUGGUAGCAUUCUAAAGAAACCAACAUCCAAAGCUUUAGUUACUGGUAGAGUAGCCAAGCAAGGCGUCAAACCCAAGGUACGAAAGCUGCACUCUCCAUUCAUCAAAGUAGAAGAUCACAGUCGCGCUUACAAGCCCCUGGUUCAUGAGUUGAAGGACUGGCCAAAGAUUUACUUUGAUGGGGCAUUGGGGAGGGGUCCAUUUGACCCUCCAAAGAGAGACUUGGAGCAUGACUGUAGGGAGCCUGCCAAGACUAAAAGGUAG